AUGGAAAUCGAAAGGAAGCUCAUCAUGGAAUACAGUGGCUUUACACCAAAUAAUUGUACAGCAUAUGGAAACUUCUCAGACAAUAACACCAUGGCAUCAGAUUUCAUGGGUGAACUUUUAUCUGAAGGGUGCUGGUUAGAGACCUCAACUGGUGGUUUCAACUUUUUGCCUCCAGCUCCUUUACCUACUACUACUCCGUCUCGUGCUCUCAAUGACCCUUCACAUUACUAUUUGCCUUCUUUUGACUCAAACCCUCAUCAGCAAAUCUAUCAAGAAGAUCAGACUGAGGGAGUUUUUCCUGAAUCAGAAAGCAUUCUAGUAGAUGGCAAUGAACUUGGCAGAAGUUGGUGGAUUGAUCCAAGGGCAAAUCCUGGUACUUGUUCCUCGGUGAAAGAGAGAUUAGUACUGGCCGUUGAAUACUUAAAAGAAUGUACAAAGAACAUGAAUGUGCUUAUUCAAAUAUGGGUGCCAAUAAGGAAAGGAGGGAGAUAUUUCCUUAGCACGUAUGACCAGCCUUAUUCCUUUGAUCCUAAUAACAAAAGCCUUGCAGAUUACAGAAAUGUUUCAAGGGCUUAUCAGUUUGCAGUUGAGGAAGAUAGAGAGGAAUCUGUUGGGAUCCCAGGUAGAGUUUUCUUGGGAAGGUUGCCUGAGUGGACCCCUGAUGUUCGUUUCUUUAAAAGAGAUGAGUACCCACGUAUUGGUUAUGCACAGCAAUAUGAUAUUCGUGGCUCUCUAGCUCUUCCUGUUUUUGAAAGAGGUAGUGGAACUUGCUUGGGAGUUGUUGAGAUUGUCACAACCAAUCAGAAGAUCAAUUAUCGACUUGAACUUGAACAUGUUUGCCAAGCUCUUGAGGCUGUUGAUCUCAGAAGUUCUCAAUACUUCAACCCUCCUACUGUGAAGGCCUGUGAUGAGUUGUACCAAGCAGCACUGAAUGAGAUGGUAGAGGUUUUGACAUCUGUUAGCAAGACACAUAGAUUGCCUUUAGCCCUAACUUGGGCCCCUUGUGUCCAACAAGGUAAAGGUGGAUGCAGACAUGCUGAUGAGAAUUUUGCAGAGUGUGUUUCAACUGUGGACACUGCUUGCUAUGUUGCUGAUCUAGUAGUAUUGGGGUUUCUUGAGGCUUGCUCUGAGUACCACUUGUUUCGAGGCCAAGGAACUGUUGGGACUGCCUUCACUACAACAAAACCAUGUUUUGCAACUGAUAUCACUGCCUUUAGCAAGAAAGAAUACCCUCUCUCUCAUCAUGCUAGGAUGUUUGGGCUACAUGCUGCUGUGGCAAUUCCCCUUCGAAGCAUCUAUACUGGCUCAGCUGAUUUCGUGUUGGAGUUUUUCUUACCAAAGGAUUGCCAAGAUCCUGAAGAACAAAAGCAAGUGCUCAAUUCAUUGUCCAUUGUGUUACAACAGGCUUGUAGGAGUCUACAUGCUGUGGUUGAUAAAGAACUCGAGGAAGAAGCAAUCUUAUACCCAGUUAAGGAAGUGGUAGUUGCUUCAGAUGGGAAACCAACCAGUUCUACUACUACGAAUUUGAAAGAAGCUUGUUCAAAAGAGUCAUCCUGGGUUGCUCAUAUGAUGGAGGCACAGCAAAAAGGCAAAGGUGUGUUGGAGCAUCAGGAAGAAGAACCUAAUGAAGAAUUCAAGGUGACAACCCAUUGGGAUAGUACUCAAGUGGGGUUGCGAAGUGGGCAAGCAUUUUCAGACUUUGGGGCUCAACUUCAGCAAAGUUCUGAGUCCAAGGGUAGUGCUGAGGGUGGUGGAGAUUCUUAUUCUUAUGGUGGCCGACAAUCCUCAGGUGGAACAAAAGCUGGGGAGAAGAGGAGGACCAAAACUGAGAAGACUAUCAGCUUGCCAGUUCUAAGGCAAUACUUUGCUGGGAGCCUCAAAGAUGCUGCUAAAAGUAUUGGAGUGUGCCCCACUACUCUGAAAAGGAUAUGCAGGCAACAUGGGAUUACAAGAUGGCCUUCUAGAAAGAUUAAGAAGGUAGGUCACUCUCUGAGGAAACUCCAGCUUGUGAUUGAUUCAGUCCAAGGUGCUGAGGGUUCCAUUGAAAUCGGAUCUUUCUAUAAUAGCUUCCCAGAAUUGAAUUCCCAGCAGGCAAACAGUCCUUUCUCAUCCUUGAACAUGAGUGACUCAAAGCACCCACACUCUAAACAAGAGAGUAGCUUAUUUAGCUUUGGUUCUGGUCCCUUAAAAUCUCCAGCUUCUUCAUGCAGUCAAACUUCUAGUCCCAGUAUCUAUUGUACCAAUGGAGUAAAGCAACAUAGCACAAGCACUAAUGCUUUAAGUAGUGCAGAAACUUUAAUGACUGAAAACCUUGGUGGGAUUUUGCAUGGGGCUUGCAGUGAUGCAGAACAACAUGCCUUGAAUCUUCAACAGGAACCAAACCUUAUUCAUAGAGUUGAAAGCCUCAAGUCAUUUGGAGAGCAUCCGGGUCUUGAAACUCUAUCUUGCUUACCAGAAAGUAGCAGCCAGAAUUCAAGAGAUGGGGGUGCUUUUAGAGUUAAAGCUACCUUUGGUGAUGAAAAAACCAGGUUCAGCCUGCAUCCCAAUUGGAGUUUUGGAGCUCUAAAGCUAGAGAUUGCAAGGAGAUUCAAUUUAGAUGAUGUUAGUAGAGUUGAUAUCAAGUACUUGGAUGAUGAUAGAGAGUGGGUGAUUUUGACAUGUGAUGCUGAUCUUCAAGAGUGCAUGGACCUAUUUAGAGCAUCCCAAAGUCACACAAUCAGACUCUCACUUCAGCAUGCUUGUAAUCAAAGUCUUGGAAGUCCCUUUGGUUGCAGUGGCCCGUCUUAA